AUGUACAGCAUGAUGAUGGAGACGGACUUGCACUCCCCCGGCGGAGCCCAGGCCCCCGGCAGCCUCUCGGGGCAGAGCGGAGCGGGAGGAGGCGGCGGCGGCGGCGGCGGCGGCGGCGGGGGCAGCAAAGGCGGCCAGGACCGGGUGAAGCGCCCCAUGAACGCCUUCAUGGUGUGGUCGCGGGGCCAGCGGCGGAAGAUGGCCCAGGAGAACCCCAAGAUGCACAACUCGGAGAUCAGCAAGCGCCUGGGCGCCGAGUGGAAGGUGAUGUCGGAGGCCGAGAAGCGGCCCUUCAUCGACGAGGCGAAGCGGCUGCGGGCGCUGCACAUGAAGGAGCACCCGGAUUAUAAAUACCGGCCCCGGCGGAAGACCAAGACGCUGCUCAAGAAGGACAAGUACUCGCUGGCCGGGGGGCUGCUGGGCGCCGGCUCGGCCGGGGGCGGCCCGGCGGGCGUCGGCGUGGGCAUGGGCGUCGGCGUCAGCCCCGGCGGCGUCGGGCAGCGCCUGGAGAGCCCCGGCGGCACGGCCGGCGGCGGCUACGCGCACAUGAACGGCUGGGCCAACGGCGCCUACCCGGGCUCGGUGGCGGCGGCGGCGGCGGCGGCGGCGAUGAUGCAGGAGGCGCAGCUCGCCUACGGCCAGCACCCGGGCGGCGGGGGGCACCCGCACCACCCGCACCCGCACCACCCGCACCACCCGCACAACCCGCAGCCCAUGCACCGCUACGACAUGGGCGCGCUGCAGUACAGCCCCAUCUCCAACUCGCAGGGCUACAUGAGCGCCUCGCCCUCGGGCUACGGCGCCCUGCCCUACGGCUCCCAGCCCCACCAGAACUCGGCGGCGGCGGCGGCGGCGGCGGCGGCGGCGGCGGCCGCCUCCUCGGGGGCGCUGGGCGCGCUGGGCUCGCUGGUGAAGUCGGAGCCCAGCGUGAGCCCGCCCGUCACCUCGCACUCGCGGGCCCCGUGCCCCGGGGACCUGCGGGAGAUGAUCAGUAUGUACUUACCGGCCGGGGAAGGCGGCGAUCCGGCGGCCGCCGCCGCCCAGAGCCGGCUCCACUCCCUGCCCCAGCACUACCAGAGCGCCAGCACGGGGGUCAACGGCACCGUCCCCUUGACGCACAUCUGA